AUGUUCUGGCACCUGGCAUGGUAUGUGGCUGGCAAGGUGGGUGCCCAGGUGUCGUAUGCGACAUUUACGUUAGCGUUGCGUGGAUUUUGUCAAGUGGGGCGGUUGGUGUUUCGAGAAGCGGUGGCCCGUCGUGAGUCUGCUCUUCUCAGAGGUCCGCGUUUCUCCUGCAGCGGAACGUCUUGGCGUUCUAGGUGGUGGUGGUCGUCGCGUCGAACGGGAGGUCGUUGCUCAGUGGUGUUGAAAUCGCGUUUCAGAGAAAACCGCGUUUUGCAAGACGGAGUUGCAGCCGGCUUUACAUUGAUUAGCAUGGUGGACAAGAAAUGGUCAGUACAGGCGGUGUUUGUGAACAAUGUGGGUAAGUCGUUGGUGGUCCAUAUGAAGACAUUGACUCUUGAGCGACGAGAUAACGUGUUUGGUUGGAAAGAGAAAACGAUAGACAGCAAAAGGAAAACACAGCUGCCACUUGGCAGCAGGUGCUGCCCUAUGGAGACUGGAGUUCUAUGCCUUGGUGGCUUCGACAGCGCUAAGAGCACACUCCUCGUCUCGGUACCCUAUUUUGAACGUCCCAGGUCCAACAGGAUGGGCGCGGAGAUCGGCGCGAAACCCUCAGCCGACUCACAUAAAGAGUGCAAACCCGUUGCGGUUGGCUUUGCUAUGGGCUUGGAAAAGCGUCUGUUCUCACAAACCACAACCACUAAACAGGAACUGAGCAUUGCUCAUAGACAAAACUCAAGCUGCGAUCACAACCGCGACUCAGCCACUGCCUACAUCGGACACGACUGUGUGGCGGCCAUCGCCCCAGACACCAACGCUUUGGAACUAUUUCGGAACCGACAAAACUCCUGGGCCGUCGUGAACACAUCAUGCCCCAAGUUCGUAAACCAAGCCGCACUAGUCUUUAUAGAUGACAGGCUAUACUACCUCGGCGGUAGGAGUCAGGCCACGAGGCAAAUUGACGGGAGUAUGUUCAGUCUUUUGAUCCCACCGAUCGGACUUCCGACAGAAAGUCGUGUAGCGCGGCUACAACAGGCAAGUUGGAACAUGUGUGCAGAAUUGCCCGAAAAGGUGGACAAAGCCGCGGUGAUUGCAUUGAGCCAAAGAAUCCUGAUAAUAGGUGGAGCCUCACGGGGAGCACCCUCCAACCAUGUGUUUGUAUACAACACACAAACGGAUAGAUGGAAACAAGCCGCUUCUCUCAAAUUCGCCAGGAUCCAACCUGUGAUAAUACAAUUGGACAAACAUCUGGUCGUCAUCAAUGGCCAUGACGCCGUGGGCAAGCCAGUUACCGCCGUGGAGGCAAUACGGAUAGCUGACUUAUUCCUUAGCGCCGAAUAUUACACCCCAACAACCACUGGAUUUAACGGGACCGGCAUGAGAGCUACAGGGGAUGAGAAUAUUCUUCAGGACUCUCAACAUAACAGUCAAGCCACAGGAGGCUUGUCGGAGCCAGAGGACCUUAAUGCCCCGGAGUGGUUAUUUGUAGGGAACCGCACCGACCUGCUGGAUGCCCAAGUGUACACCGCUGCUGCGCCCUAUCCUAUCAGAUCUCUAUCGAUCGGUCAUAUGCUUCCGGGAAUGGCGGAUAUGCCUGGGGGUACGUGGCAAAUUCAAAUGUAUAGCAUGGCCAGCAGCGACGAUCAACUAACCAACCCGGACUAUGACAGCGAUGAUCCUGCUGACUUUUAUUUUAGCUAG